AGCCCCGCCUUCUCACGCUUUCUGAAACCAGCGGUUCAUCCGUGCAAGAGGAGCUGAGGAUUACCUCUUUAGGGGGGAGCAGACCUGCUUUCUAUUAAUUUAGCAGGGUUUUUUUCCCCCAUAUCAUUAGCCGUCUUAUAAAUUAACUUACCUUAAAAGUUUUGCGUUUUUUUUCUUCAGUGUUUCGGACAGCUUUUAAUAAUAGAGGUGUGGUGCUACGGUGUGAACGGAGAGCUCGCAGCAGGUUUUUGUGUCACCUGGCCGUAGCAGCUGACUCGUGUCUCGCGGAGAUCGGAGUUGCCAAAGGAAAACUAGCGGUUGCUAGUUAGCAGGUCAGCCACUUAGCCCGCCAGCUAGCCUUACUGCCACACUAAGUCCCACCCUCACCGUGUGCGUAAACGUCGGGCUGCAGCGGUGAAGACAAGUAUAAUAUUUUUGCUUCCUCUGAACUUGGCUAGCAUCCUUGUAUACCUGGCCGGCAGGAGAGAUUAGCCCCUUCAAAGGUUAGCGUAGUUAGGUGGCGCUAACGGAAAUUGGCCGUUUUUACGUUCGGAGAGUGUUCUUUUUUCUCUAUGAAGGAAUACUGAUAAAGGGACUGGCUCAAAAAGAAGAGGCGAAAUAAAGAGCGAGAACAAGGAAGACUGAGGAGGAGGUGACUGGCUUGUUUAGCCGGGGAGACACAUUUGUGAACAUAUCUAGGAGCUAUCAACAAGCCAAACACAGCCAUGAGUAUUGAGAUACCGGUGGGGUUGACAGAACUGCUACAGGGCUACACUGUGGAGGUGCUGCGACAAAGGCCAACAGACCUGGUUGAUUUUGCUGUACAGUACUUCACCCGUUUGCGGGACUCCAGAAAUCAGGAUCGAUCCGGUAAACCAGGGAAAGGAGUGGUGUUUGAUGGGGAGCCCAUGCAGACGGAGUCCAACGGCGAGGAGGAUGAAGACGACGACUCUGACUUUGAACCUCCACCACCAAGCAGAUUCAACAGGAGAGUGUCAGUUUGUGCCGAAGCAUUCAACCCAGACGAAGACGACGAAGACGCUGAGCCCAGAGUGGUUCACCCAAAAACAGACGAACAGCGCUGCAGACUGCAGGAGGCCUGCCGAGACAUACUCCUCUUCAAAACACUAGAUCAGGAGCAGUUCUCACAGGUACUGGACGCCAUGUUUGAGUUGAAGGUUCAACCACAGGAGCAUGUCAUCGAUCAGGGAGACGAUGGAGACAACUUUUAUGUCAUAGAGAGGGGCGUGUAUGACAUUGAGGUAUCAGGAAAUACUGUGGGUCAGUACAACAAUAAGGGCAGCUUUGGAGAGCUGGCCCUCAUGUACAACACGCCACGUGCCGCCACCAUCGUAGCCACCGAGGAGGGCGCACUUUGGGGCUUGGACCGUGCAACAUUUCGAAGACUCAUUGUCAAGAACAAUGCCAAGAAGAGGAGGAUGUACGAGACUUUCAUCGAGUCCGUGCCGCUGCUGAAAUCGCUGGAGGCAACAGAGAGGAUGAAGAUAGUGGAUGUAUUAGGAGUGAAGCAGUUCUCAGAUGGAGAGUGCAUCAUCACACAGGGAGACAAGGCUGAUUGCUUCUACAUUGUAGAAUCUGGAGAAGUCAAAAUCAUGAUGAAGAGUAAAACGAAGGCAGACCACGCAGACAACUCUGAGGUGGAGAUAGCACGCUCUAACAGGGGCCAGUACUUCGGGGAGCUGGCCUUGGUCACCAACAAGCCCCGGGCCGCCUCAGCCUACGCAGUAGGAGAUGUCAAAUGUUUGGUAAUAGACGUGCAGGCGUUCGAGCGCCUCUUGGGCUCCUGUAAGGAAAUCAUGAAGAGGAACAUCGCCCACUACGAGGAGCAGCUGGUGGCUCUGUUCGGCUCCAGCAUGGACCUGAGAGACUGAGCCUCCCACACCACCCUCCGUGCCUUCUUUUACAAACACACAAACAAACACGCAAACAGACAGACAAACAAUCAACACACAGAUACAAGUCCUCUCCAACAACAGGAAGUGGUUAAAUGGACUCAUGUGCUUUACACCCGGUGCAAAAGCACGGGAAAGCGUGCUCGGCUCACCUGCAGGUACAUGAAUCCUCAGUUUUCAAACACUCAGCCCUCUCUUUUUCCUCACACACACACACAAACGCAUGCGGUAGGCACUGAGAGACGCACACUCCAAAAUGUUUGCUCACCCUCGAGCACAUCCAAGCUAAACAGAUUCCUUGAUAAGCUCACUUUGGUUAGAUGUACACACACACUCUCACACACAUCCUACUACAGGCCACCCAAGUUGUUGCUUGAGUUAGUUUCAACCUCUCAGUAUGAAUGUCUUACCUGCGGUGACCUUAUGCAGGCAGAGCAGCGUAAGGGCAUGAACUACACACACACACACUCCAAACAUAUUCAGCAUCGCACCUUCGAGCUCUGUUAGUGCAGGCUUUAUAUUCACAUGAGCACUUGAACAACUCAGACUUGUUCCCAGCCUCAGCCAAGGACACAUCAAAAAUACAAGCGCACACAUGUGACAGGUGUAGAUGCUCAAACACACACACAACACACACUCCCAUACACACCAUGGAGACAGAAAUCUUUAAAAAAAUUAAAAAAAA